AUGUUCCUCCGCGCUCCUGCCGCCGGCGAGACUGCGGACGCGAGCAUCAGGAGCACCAGGACGUGGAGCAGCAGCAGCAGCGCUGGCAGGGGGGCGCCGUCCUUGUCGGGCAUCAGCAACGGCAGCGAACAGCAGGAGGGCUCCGCCGGUGGCACCAACGAGGAGCCCCUGCCCCUGGUAGUAGGCGUCGCCGUGGGGAAGGAGGUGAAGCAGUGCAAGGCCAACCUCAUGUGGGUGCUCAGCAACCUGGACGCCCUCAUCGCCGGCGACAAGCAGACCAAGAGGAAGGCGACGGUGGUGCUCCUGCACGUCCAUCGCCCGGCCAAGACCAUCCCCUUCAUAAUCUGCGCCAAGGUGAAGGUGCACGCCGUCUGCAAGGUGGAGACGGCAGUGGCCGGCGACGGCGACGUCGCGCAGGGGAUUCUCAGGCUGGUGGCGCAGAACGGCAUCAGGCGCCUCGUCGUCGGGGCGGCAGCGGACAAGCGCUACAGCAGCAAGAUGACGGCGCCGAGCGUGCAGCAGCACGCUCACCCGCUCUGCGCCAUCUGGUUCCUCUGCAAAGGCAAUCUCAUCUGCACAAGGCCAGCAGCAGCUGAGAGCCAAGCCCAGCAUGCCCCUGCAGCAGCAGCAACCUACACGACAAGGCGAGGCAGCCUGAGGAGGAAUGAUGGUGAAGAGCCUCCUCCUCCUCCCCCUCCAUCAGUAGUGCAUCGUAUCUGGGUCGACAACCAGCAGCAGGAGCAGGACAUCCAGAGCAUCUUUGCCGAGGCGGAGAAGCUGAAACGGGAGCAGCAGGUGGUCGCUGCGCUGGAGGCCCAGGUGGUGAGCUCCAAGCGCGUGAUCCAGGACCUGCAGGAGAAGCUAUCCGAGGCGCACUGCCUGCUCUUCUCCCUGGAGCACGAGCAGGAGGAGCUGCGCCGCCAGCGAGACGCCGCCCUCCGAGAAGCCGCCGCGCUCCGCGACAGGCUCAGGCACCUCGAGGACAAGAGCCGGCCGGCCUUUAUCGACCUGUCGUACGACGACCUGCUGGAGGCGACCCGCAACCUGGACGAGGCGCUCAGGCUGGGGCAACCCGGCGGCUACGGCGCCGUCUACAGGGCCGUCGUCCUCCGCCGCGGCGACAAGGACAAGCUGGAGGUGGCCGUCAAGGUGGAGGAGCUCAGCAAGCUCCGCCACCCCAACGUGGUGCCGCUCCUCGGGGCCUGCUCAGCUCCGGAGGCUUCGGCGCUCGUCUACGAGUACCUCCCCGGCGGCAGCCUCGAGGAGCGCCUCGCCGGCAGCAGCAAGGAGGCGCUGCUGUGGCCGGAGCGCACGCGUAUCGCUGCCGAGGUACGCGCCGCGCUCGUCUUCCUCCACCGGAACAACAUGGUCCACGGCGACCUCAAGCCCGCUAACGUCCUGCUGGGACUGGGGCUCACUACCAGCAAGCUCGCCGACGUUGGGUUGUGCCGGCUGCUGGAGGCCGACGCCACCGCCGUGCUGAUGCGGUGCACGGUGGCGUACAUGGACCCGGAGUUCCUGGCAUCCGGGGAGCUGCGGCCGAGCUCCGACGCGUACGCAUUCGGCGUCCUCCUGCUUCGCCUGCUGACGGGGCUGCCGGCCAUGGGACUGGCGAGGCAGGUGCAGGCGGCGCUGGUGGAGGGCAGGGUCACCGAGAUCCUGGACGCGUCGGCUGGGGACUGGCCCUACACGCUGGAGCAGGCGGAGCAGCUGGCCCAUCUGGCCGUCAGGUGCUGCGAGAUGACAAGCGACAACCGGCCGGACCUCGCCGGCGAGAUGGACCAGACACUGGAAUGCUUCCAGCUCCAGUGA